AUGCCAGUUUCUGAAAUGAAACGUCCCACUACUACACCGAAACAGUCGAGUACAACACAACCAGAAGUGUUGGAAGAUCUUAAUAUCACUAUUCGAAUAAAAUUAAAAUAUCCAAAAGUGAACGAAUUCGUUGAUCAAUUGAAUCAGCCGAAUGAGACUCUCACUAUUCAUGGAAAACCAAUUUCAGUACUUCAUCUCUAUGCACUUCGAUCGACUAGUAAACCAAUCGACAUGAGUAACCAAACUGAACGUCUGGUUUAUCGACCAAAUUUACUCAUACGUAAAAAUGAUAAGUUUGGGCCUUGGAAUUUCAAUCGUCUACUCAACCUAAUAGAAUUAGAUUAUCGACCUGCUACAACAGGAAAUCAAUUUCCUAAACUAUGGUAUACAACAACAAGUACUUCUGUUUCGGUAACUAUUAUUCCUUACACCGAGCCAACGCAUGAUGGAACUGAAGUUGACACUUCGACCGAUUCUUCCGAAGCGAUGAAUACUCUCAAAGAUCUUCUCAAGUCUAUCGGUCGCCAGAAUAAUUAUGGUGACGAAGAUGUAGAAAAUUGGUUAAAUGAUCUAAAAGGUGAAAAUAUUACAAAAAUUGAGCAUCUUCAAAACGCCGUGAUGAAUGAAAGUCUUUGGGAGAAGCUCGACAAAGUGAGACCUGCAGUGAAACAACUGAUUUAUGAUUAUGUACAAUUGAAUAUUACUGCAAGUGGUGUCGAUCAAACCAAUGAUCCUUACAAAGAUUCUCCAGCUACAUUAUUAGCUGAUAUUCACCGAGUGAAGCGUUAUUUUUAUGAUGCCAUUGGCAAAAGAGAUCAAUUGACGUAUCUCGAUCGAGAUGCCGUUGAUUUAGCUAUUGACGAACUACGGAAAUUUUACGAUGACGAUGGAAACAUACUUAGCACCAUUCAUGAAUAUCUACGUACGUUUUGCGUUCAAACAACAGGGGCCACUGAACAAGAAAUUGAAAAGAACCGAAUUGUAUGGAAAGAUGAUCUGAGACAACUUGAAGCAGAACGUGUCGCUCUGAGAGAAAAACAUGAUUCAGCAAAAGAUGAUCUCGCGCGCAUGCGGAAAACUCUUGAAACUCAAGAAAUGCGCUGGUCAAAUAUAUGCGAACGGGAAAAAAUAGUAGAAAAGAGAGCGACAGAACUUAUCAAUGCUGCCACAGGACAAGCAUCGAAUACGGGAUCUACUACAAGUUGGAGAAGAAAUAUAGAAGAAGCUAGAGAACUACGAACGAAAAUUGAGCAAGAGAAGAAAGAUGCUGCAAACGAAGUUAUCGAAGCACGCAGAAAUUUUUCGAAAUUAGAGAAAGAAACUGAAGAGUUGUCUCAUAAAUUUGAGAAUAAUUCGAAAGGGAUUCAAGAUCGACAAGCCAAACUAACACUUAUCGAUGCUAAUGAACAUCGUCAACUCAAAAUCAAAAUCGGCCGUGGUCUACUUCUCUAUGGACCGCCAGGAACAGGAAAGUCGGAACUGCUGAAGAGAGCAGCUGUCUAUGCAGGUAUCACAAUGACAACCGUACCAUUAGCCGCCGGUGAACUCAACCGACCCUAUGUAGGUGAAACAGAAAAGCUUCUCAUCGACAUUAUGUAUCGUGCCAAUACCAUCCCAUAUCUCAUGUGCGCCAUGACUAUUGAUGAAAUCGAUGGACUAGUACCAAAACGAGAUAACAAUGCACAACAAUCGAAAGUCGAUGGAAUCAGUGUUCUUCUUUCGCAUAUCGAAGGAGUGAAAAAUAUUCCCAAUUUAGUUGUAUUUGGUGCAACCAAUCGACGAAAUAUGAUGGACGAUGCUUUUCUACGACGUAUGCAAGCGAAGUGUUUUGUCGGUCGACCAUCACCUGCUAUUCGUAAGAAAAUGCUUCGACCACUGCUGACUAAAGAUUUAAAAGAUUUCACUAACGAACGACUGGACUUUCUCGUCAAAAUUACAACAAACUUUAGCGGUGCAGCAGUAGGUGCGUUAAAAUCCAGUAUUGUCAGUUUCCUAGCAGAUAACGCGACGACAUUGUCCGACCAUACACUACUUUCGCUUGCCAAUAAUACAGCUCGAGAGUUUAGCUGUUGGUUUGGAAGUAGCACUCUACCUGAAAUUUGUCGUAUUUAUCCCAACAUCUUCCAAACAAAUGCAACCAAUAAUCCAUCUCAACAGUUCUCAUUGGUUCUUCAAAGAAACAAACCAUCAGGACGAAUUCUAAUUGAUCUACAAGAAAGAAAAUGCUUCAUCGAACUACUAAAUGGGCCCACUUUGGAAAAAGAACUGUUGGAUGAUGAAACAUCACUAGUGACUUUGUUCGCACGCAUCAUCAACGGUUGUUCUAGUCGAAAUAUCGAUAGCAUCCAAAUCAUCGAUACAGAUUUCUUGUCAAAAAACACGGCGUUCGAUGAGAACAAGAUCAUUGAACUACUCGCAACAACAUUCGCUGAAUGUGAUGAAUACAAUCGUUCAAUGUUCGUUUUUGAUAUCGAUUCACUUAUUACACUAAGUAUCAAUGAUUCGAACAUGUCUCAAUCAACAUCCAUCUCAAAUAUUCAACUCUAUCGAAAUAUUCGUGAGAAAUGUAAACAAGCAUUUGUUGAGAACAAACCGGAUAAUUGUGAUAACAACUUUAUUGCAAAAGAAAAAUGGAUUGUCAUGGUUGUGAAACAUCCAUUUCUUCGUAGUCGACUCAUCGAAGAUAUCGACUUCAAACAGAGUCAGGAACAAAUCGACGAAGAAAAGGAACGAGAAAGAAAAGAACGAGAUGACGAAACGGAAAAAAUCUGUCCAAAAUGUCGUCGUGGUUAUAUUUUAUCGAAGACAAACUAUGGGAAUUGUCAAUAUCAUGAUGGAUAUAUUUAUGAUCUUCAAACAAAGAAGCCAGUUAGUUAUGAUGAAGCAGAAGCCAUGCUACAAGCAACGAUAUUAGUCCAAAAGAGUUCGUCGAAUGUUUCAGUGCCGAAAUUGGUAUGGACGUGUUGUCUUCGUAUAGUCGGAAGUGGCUCGCCUUGUCGAACUGGAAUCUGUGGUCUACCAGAAGAAUUACAAAGAAAGCCAAUUAAAGCAGAAGAUCAAAUCAAAGAAGUUGAAAAAUAUUUCAAGGAGAAAACAAAUGCAACUGAAAAAUUGAGAGCAUUAGAAAAAGCGUACAAUGAGUUGCGAAGAUCGUAA